CAACAAUAGAGCGGGCGAGCGACGCAGUGCGAGCUGGCGGCGCGGGACCAGCCGGCCCGGGCGGAGCGCAGCGUCCGGAGCGCACCGAGCGGACGCCGGGCCCCGCCAGCCGGGCCCCGGCCCCGAGCGGCCCGCGGAGGGCGGCCUGCCGUGUUCCCAGGGGGGGUCCGGAAGUUCGGACAUGGUGGCUGGAGGAGGGUGACGCGGUCAGACCUCGGGGGCGAAGCGAAGCGGCCGGGAGGAGCGCGAGCGGAGCUGGGGGACGCGCGCGGCGCCGGCGGAGGAGGGCGAGCCCGGAGCCCGAGGCAGGUCCGGCCAUGGAGCUGCGCUCGGAGCUGCCCAGCGUGCCCGGCGCGGCGACAGCAGCGGCGACGGCGACGGGACCGCCCGUGGCGUCGGUGGCGUCGGUGGCCGCGGCCGCCGCCGCCGCCGCCUCCCUGCCGGUGAGCGUGGCCGGGGGCCUGCUGCGGGCGCCGCCGCUGCUGCUGCGGGCGGCCGAGAAGUACCCGCGGACCCCCAAGUGCGCCCGCUGCCGCAACCACGGCGUGGUGUCAGCGCUCAAGGGCCACAAGCGCUACUGCCGCUGGAAGGACUGCCUGUGCGCCAAGUGCACGCUCAUCGCCGAGCGCCAGCGCGUCAUGGCGGCGCAGGUGGCGCUGCGCCGGCAGCAGGCGCAGGAGGAGAACGAGGCGCGCGAGCUGCAGCUGCUGUACGGCACGGCCGAGGGCCUGGCGCUGGCCGCCGCCAACGGCAUCAUCCCGCCGCGGCCGGCCUACGAGGUGUUCGGCUCGGUGUGCGCGGCGGACGGCGCGGGCCCGGGAGCUGGCGCGCCCGCGGGCGGCGCGGGGGGCGCGGGGGGCGCAGAGGCCAAGCUGCAGAAGUUUGAUCUGUUUCCCAAGACGCUGCUUCAGGCCGGCCGCCCCGACAGUCCGCAGCCGCCUCCCGCGAAGCCCCUGUCGCCCGACGGCGCGGACUCCGCGCCCGGGACCUCCUCCCCGGACGUGCGGCCCGGCUCAGGCUCGGAGAACGGAGACGGCGAGUCCUUCUCGGGGUCGCCCCUGGCGCGGCCCCCCAAGGAGGCGGGCGGCGGCGCAGGCCCCGGCGGCGAGGAGGACAGCCCCGGCUCGUCCAGCCCGCUGGGCUCCGAGUCGGGCUCGGAGGCCGAGAAGGAGGAGGCCGAGGCGGCCCCGGCCCCGGCCAUGGGCGGCGGUGCGGGCCCGCGGCAGCGGACGCCGCUGGACAUCCUGACGCGCGUCUUCCCGGGCCACCGGCGGGGCGUGCUGGAGCUGGUGCUGCAGGGCUGCGGCGGCGACGUGGUGCAGGCCAUCGAGCAGGUGCUCAAUCACCACCGCGGGGGGCUGGCGGCCGGCCUGGGCCCGGGCGCGCCGCCGGACAAGGGCGCCCCCGGCGCGGCGGAGGACGCGUGGCCCGCGCGCGUGGACGCGGCCGCUGGGGCGCCCGCGCUGCCCGGGCCGCUGCACGCCGGGCCCGCCGCGCCGCCGCACCACAGACCCUUGCUGGCCGGGGCCGUGGCGCCGGGCGCGCUGGGCUCGCUGGGCAGCCGCUCGGCCUUCUCGCCGCUGCAGCCCAGCACCGGCCACUUCGGCGCGGACGCGGGCGCCUACCCGCUGGGCGCGCCGCUCGGCCUGAGCCCGCUGCGCCUGGCCUACUCGGCGGCCGCGGCGCACAGCCGGGGCCUGGCCUUCAUGGCGCCCUACUCCACGGCCGGCCUGGUGCCCACGCUCGGCUUCCGGCCGCCGGUGGACUACGCCUUCAGCGACCUCAUGCGCGACCGCUCGGCCGCCGCCGCCGCCGCCGCCGUGCACAAGGAGCCCGGCUACGGGGGCGCGCUCUACGGGCCCCUGGUGAACGGCACCCCGGACAAGCAGUAGGGCCCCGGGCGCCGGCCCGCGCCCACCGGCGGCCUUGGGGCUGGGCCGGAGGGCGGGAGCCCCCGGGCCACCGCCCCCAGGCCUGCUCGCCCCGCUCUCAGAGGCCGGGGGUUCCCAAGAACCCGAGGGCGGCCGCGCCCUCCCCGCUGCUCCCUGCGCUCUGCUUGCCUCGCCAGCCCCGCGGCCGGGCGGACGGCAGGCUCAUCGGCCUCUGUGUCUCCAGUACCCGUUCCCCCUUCAUUAAAAAAAAAAAAUCCGCUCUAACAAAUAUAAAUUUAGGAUGUAUCCAUCUCUUGGCACUGAGUCGAGUCUUUGGGACACACACGUAUAUAUCGAUAUCAAUUGUAAAAAAAAAAGAGAAAAAAAAAAAAGAAAAAAAACGUUCUAAGGUGCACUUUCCUCGUUGCGGUAUUUGUCGCUCUCUUUGUUGCUUAUGCCAAUAAGCAUGGGUUUCCUUGGUGCAGUGUGAGUUUUUUAUAUAUGUAUAAAUCUAUAUAUAAUCUAUACAUAUAUAUAUACAAGCCGGUGUAUAAUGUUAUAAAAUGGAAUUCUAAGUUAUUAAUUGUAAUUUGUAGGUGACCUCGGUAUUAACGUGGAAAACAUUCAAAAACCAAGCAAAAAAAGAAAAAAGGACAAAAUGGAAAAAAAUUAGACUAUCCGCGCAUUGUACGUAUCGGGUUUUAUAGCUGGGACCUGCUGUCGGCCGGGGAGGAGCCGCCCCGGCCCGGCCCGGCCCGGCCCGGCCCGGCCCGGCCGUCCUCCGGGCGCCGAGGCUCGGGAGC